ACCCUUUUAUUUUCUCUGUUCUUCGUUCAUUGUUUUCUUUCUUAGCCUCCAUACACAUACUUUUUCUCAAGACACCAUCAUUCUAGAGAGAGAAUCUGUUUUCUAGAGAGAGAAAUUCUCUGUUUCUCAUUUUCUUCUGGUUUCUAACAACAAUCAAUCGUUUGAUUUGUGUUUUUAAGAAAAACGUGAAAAAUGGCUAUACAAGCACAGAUGUACCCCGACAAUCUUGGUUUACCAUUGUUAGGUGGUGGUGUUGGUGGUGGUGUUGCGCAACAAGAUUGGUUGUUGUUGGCGAACAACCAUAUGAACAACAACAAUAACACCAGUGUUUUUAAUGGUUGUGGGUUUAAUGAGUUUACUGGUAAUAGUAAUCUUCAACAACAGAAGCAACAACAGCAAUUUCAAUACCAGCAGCAGCAACAACAACAACAACAAGCGUUGUUACAACUUCAGCAACAGUAUUUGGCUCAACUUCAACAACAACAACAACGUGAUUCUUGUGUUAGAAAUAUUAAUAAUGACGGUUUUGUGUUUUUGUCAUCGUCAAAAAAUUGUACAACCACAACAACUGCUACAACGCCAACCGCUAGCACCACUACAAGUGGAAGUUGUGAUUAUCAGAUGCCAAUGAAUUUUUCACCGAGUUUUUCUGAUCAACUCGAAAAACAGAGGCAGGAAAUUGAUAGAUUCAUUACUUUACAGAAUGAGAGGCUUAAAAUGACACUACAAGAACAGAGGAAACAGCAAUUAGGAUCAAUUAUGAGGAAAUUAGAAUCGAAAGCAAUGCAAUUAUUGCGUCAAAAGGACGAAGAAAUUGCAAGAGCAACAAAAAGAACGAUGGAUUUAGAAGAAAUAAUCCGAAAAAUGGAGAUUGAAAAUCAAGAGUGGCAAAGAUUGGCAACUGAGAAUGAAGCAAUGGUGUUAACAUUGAACAACACACUGGUGCAACUGAAAGAACAACAAGCAGGUUGUUUGACAACGACGUCAUCAUCGUGUUGCUCAAACGAAGUUGACGAUGCAGAAUCAUGCUGUAAUGUUGCUGACAACAGCAACAAUGAGUUUUCCAAUAAAAAGAGGAAAAGAGAAGAAACAGGGGUAGUUGUUGCAGAAACAGGGGAGAAGAGAGAGAAAACAGGGGAAGUGUUGUGCAAAGUUUGCAAAACUGGAAAAUCGUGCGUGUUGUUGUUGCCUUGCAGGCAUCUGUGUUGUUGCAAAGGAUGUGAAGCUUUUGUUGAUGUUUGUCCUGUUUGUAAAUCUGUAAAAAUGGCAAGCAUUGAAGCUCUUAUUUCAUGAAAAUAGAUACUCCCUCCGUCUCCGAAUGAUAGUCACUAUUUCCAUUUUUGGACACCCAAAAUGUUAGUCACAUUUCACAAUUUUAGGUCUCAUACAAUAACACAAAAUGACCUAUAUAUCCUCAUUUUUUUGGAUGUAUUAUCUGUGCUUCCCAAAAUACCCUCAUAUUUGCCUUUGUAUUUGUGCCUUAAUUGAAUGAGUUGUCUCCCUUUUUAAUGACAAUGAAUUUCUCUCUCUUCUUUUUGUGUUUGCAAAUGGUUGGGUUUUAGUUCCCAUGUACUUUAUUUAUUUUUCCUUAAUUCCCGUGAUUUUCACCAAAAGUGACUAUCAUUCGGGGACGGAGGGAGUAGGAGAAGAAAAAAAAAAAAAACAGAUUCUUUUUAAUUUUUUUUUAGGAAAAUUUGUCUAGAUUUGAUCAGAGUAAAAAAGAAAAAGGGUGAAAUGAAUUGAAGAAAUGCCCCAUUUUGAUC